AGGAUCCUGAUAAGAGAAGCACAACAGAGCUCAGCCACUCCAACCUCUCCAUCCAUCACAGCAGUAACACUUCCACUCGCCGCUACCAUGAGUCUGAGGAACAAGCGUAGCAGUCGCCCAGGGAGGCACCUGUCCUCCAGGGAGUUCAGCAGCAUGUCCUUAGGGUCUUACUCCAUCCCCAAGGCCAGCAGCGGGCCUUACUCCUGCACCCAGAUUACAGCGGUGUCUGUCAACAAGAGCCUGCUGACCCCACUCAACAUCGACAUUGACCCCACCAUCCAGGCUAUCCGCACCCAGGAGAAAGACCAAAUCAAGAGUCUCAACAACCGCUUUGCUUCAUUUAUUGACAAGGUCAGAUUCCUGGAGCAGCAAAACAAAAUGCUGGAAACCAAAUGGAAGCUGCUGGAGGGACAGACCGCAGCCUCAUCUAACAUUGAGCCCAUGCUGAAGGCCUACAUUGCAAACCUGCAGAGACAGCUGGACACCAUCACCAAUGACAAGCAGAGACUGGACAUAGAGAACAAUGCCAUGCACAAAAAUGUGGAGGAACACAAGACAAAGUAUGAGGAGGAGAUCAACAAGAGGAAUAUGGCAGAAAACGAGUUUGUGGUGCUCAAAAAGGAUGUGGACGCCGGCUAUCUGUCCAAGGUGGAUCUAGAGGACAAAGUGGCUGGGAUCGCUGAUGAACUCAACUUCCUCAGGUCUCUCUAUGAUAUGGAGCUGCGUGAGCUGCAGGACAGCCUGAAGGAAACCUCUGUGGUGGUGCAGAUGGACAACUCCCGAGGCCUGAACAUGGAUCAGAUUGUGUCUGACGUGAAGGCCCAGUACGAGGACAUCGCUGCACGCAGCCGCGAGGAGGCCGAGAGCUGGUACAAAAACAAGUUUAACCAGAUGUCCGCCCAGGCUGACCAGUACGGUGAUGAGCUGCGUAACACCAAGGCAGAGAUUGCCGAGCUCAACCGCUUGAUCAGCCGUCUGCAGAAUGAAAUCCAAGCUGUGAAGGGGCAGCGUGCCACCCUCGACGGCCAGAUAGCUGAGACAGAGCAUCGUGGGGAGAAGGCUGUCAAGGAUGCCAAGGAGCGCAUCAGGGACCUGGAGCUGGCCUUGCAGAGGGCCAAGCAGGACAUGGCGCUCCAGGUCAGGGAGUACCAGGAGCUGAUGAACGUCAAGCUGGCGCUGGACAUAGAGAUCUCCACCUACAGGAAGCUGCUGGAAGGAGAAGAGGAAAGAAUCGGACAGCAGUCUGUUCUCAACAUCCAAACUGUGGCCAACAAACCCCCCAAGGUUAACAUCUACCAGCAGCAAAGGUCAGCUCCUAUUCUCAUCAAGACAGUGGAGACCCAAGAUAUAACAUACUAAAGCAGAAAAAUGUAUCCAAAUUACACUGCAUGCUGAAAUUUAACCAUAUAUCAACUGUGUGUAUGUUGUCAGCUUACCAAUUAUUCAGAUGUGUCGAUGGCGGUGUGUCUUUGACUGAACAACACAACAAUUUCCAAUUUUUGUUUUUCAAAUAAAGACAGACUUCCAUUCGCCAGUU